GGAGGCUACUGAGCUGUAAAAUGCGCUCAUCCUGGGAGUUGCCUAUUGAGCUACAUAACCUAGAGGACAAUAAUUACAAAAGUACCACAAAAAAUUGGAACUCGAAGGUGAUUCCCCAGAAUGAAACUCUGCCAGUGUCUUCACCGAAUGCAAAAGUAAAGGCGCCUCUGCCAGUAGCAACAAGACAUUGUCCUCAGAUUGGAUGUUGUAGGGAUACUGGCAAAAGUUCAGUCCAAUCCAAUAACUCCUGCAGUGAUCAUGGUUUCGCUCAGAUUAAUGGACAUCCCGGAGUUCCCUGGAGAUGGACCCCUACAUCUUUAAGGUCCCCAUGUGUUUCCCCCACAAUGAUAUUUCAGAGUAACCCACAAAACAACGCUGGCAAUCAGGUAAAAUAUCAACUGUCUGCGGGAAGGAGCUGUUGCCAACUUCUGCAAGAAAGACGGGAGGCCAUUGUUCGCUGCAUGACUGAGGGGCGACUCAACAACGUACUUGACGUGUUGCGGGCCAGACAGGCUGUGACCCGCGAGACGUAUGAGAUCAUCACUACGGCCCUGACCUUGACCGCACGCACGCGCUGUUUGCUUGAUAUCUGUGCCUGCCUUGGUGAAAAUGUUGCUAUCUUGGUGGCCACGACUUUAGGUUUAGUAUCCACUGAAAAUGCUCAGACCACCCAUAGAUGGCAGGCUGGUUAAAUUAUACCAGCAUGCUGCUACUGUUAUGCAAAGGCAAAAUGCCAUAACUGCACGUUAAACAAUUGAUAUCAGAUUGAUAUAAGAUUUGUAUGGCACUGUAAUGUGUCAUUAAUAUGUUGAGAUGGCUAGUGUGUUCUUGUUUGGACUGCUGUAUAACAGAAGAAGAGAGGUCAGACUCUCUGGAAGGGUAUGCUGCAAUGCAGUUUUAGUCUUGGAUCUAAAAAUCUCAUCAAAUUAACAUUAUAAAGGGUACUGACGAUGUGAUUGUUAGCCAGUUCCCAAACUGAAGGGAUUAGUCAAAUACCUUUGAACAUGAUGAUGUUCAGAUUAAUGGGCAAUUACAGGUUUGAUAACAUUCCUUUGUUUGUGGAGAGAAAAAAAGACAACAGCAUAGAAACAGAUUAUUUUGAAAAGAACUUUUAGGAAAGAUGAGGCUGUUUCUCUUAAUCAUGCUCACUUAACAGUGUUUGCUGUCAGCUUUCACGCACAGCUUCUGUUAAUACUGAAACUGUUGACUGAGAAGUUCACAGCCUAUUAUAUCAUAUUCAUUUGACAGAC